AUGUCGCCAAUCAAGACCGUCGCAGUUCUCGGUGUAUCUUUACUCUCUGCCGGCUUCCUUGUAACGGUCAUUGCAAGGCCAGAAAGCACCUCGACGUAUCCUCAAGACAUCACUGUUAAGAAGUCUUCUUACGACAACCUAAAGACACUUACUGAAGCAUUGGAAGGUCAAGAUGCUCUUGUUGAAGCAUUCAACCCCGCCGCUGCCGAACACCAGAGCACCAUCGUACAGGCUGCUCUGGCCGCUGGCGUGGCUCAUUUGAUCACACCUGAGUUUAGCACCGACUCUUUUUCUGCUAAUUCUUCGGAAAUUCGAAUCUUUGAGCCCAAGCAUAAGGCUCAAAAAGAGCUUGAAAAGCUCACAUCGUCGCCCGACUGCGCUUUGUCGUGGACAGGCAUUGUUGUGGGAGCAUGGUUUGACUGGGGCAUUGAGACAGGGUUCUUUUGGGUUGACAAAAAGAAGCGUACCAUCACACGUUUUGGAUCCGGCAACCAAAAGGUCUCAAUGAGUCAUCUCGCGCUCUGCGGAGAUACUAUUGUGUCUGUCCUUCAAAAUCCCGAAAAGUACCGAAAUCGGGUUGCUUAUUUUGCGGAUUACGCCGUCAGUACGAAUGAGCUUAUCAACAUGAUUCAAAAAGUUUCGUCUCCUGGUGAGUGGGAGAUUGUGGAUCUGUCGGUGGAAGAUUUCAAGAAGGAAGGAUUCGCACUUUGGGAUGAGGAUACCAAGCAAGGCGUAACAACUCGGCUGUUCAGCAAAGCAUAUACCAUGCUGGGGACUGCGGCAGUAUUCGAUGAACAGAAUCGCUACGAUGGGGAUUUUACGGCCAAGCUGGUACCUGGGUCUGGCAGGCCUAUCGAAAGUUUGGAGGAAAGCCUUAGAAAGCUGCUGGGCUACGCUUGA